ACAAACUUAGAAUGGGAGAUGAAAUUGGACCCAAACUUCUCAAAGCCAUUAAUGAGUCAAGGAUUGCAAUCGUUGUACUUUCUGAAAACUAUGCAUCAUCCCCAUGGUGCUUGCGCGAACUCAAGAAAAUCCUUGAGUGUAUGGAAACAAACCAACAAACAGUCAUACCAAUGUUUUACGAAGUAGAUCCAUCGGACGUACGGUAUCAAAACAAGAGUUUUGGUGAAGCAUUGACCAAACAUGGAAGCAGGUCGAUGAUAGUACUGUGGAGCACUGGAAGGCAGCCCUACAGAAAGUGGCCGAUUUGUCCGGCAGGCAUUUGGUGAAAGGGAAUGAAUUUGAAGUUAUGGACCAAAUUGUUCAAGAGGUCGUCUCAAGAAUGGCAAAGCUGAUUCCAAUCUUAGAUGUCGCCAAGUAUCCUGUUGGAAUAGAGUCUCGUGUAAAACAAAUAAAUGUGCUUCUAAGGAUUGAAAUGAAUGAUAGACGCAUGGUAGGAAUAUUUGGACCGGGUGGAAUUGGUAAGACAACUAUCGCUAAAGCGGUCUUUAACUCAAUUGCUUAUAAAUUUGAAGGUAAGUGUUUUUUGGACAAUGUUCGAGAAACUUCAAAAUUACAUAAUGGUCUAGAGUCAUUGCAAGAGAAACUUCUUUUUGAAAUCCUAGGCGACUCAAGCUUGAAGGUUCAUAGUGUUGACCGAGGAGUCAAUGUCAUAAAGGAAAGGCUUUGCAAUAAAAAUGUUCUUUUAGUUCUUGAUGAUGUGGAUGAUUUGACCCAAUUAGAAAAAUUAUCAAGAGAAUGUGGUUGGUUUGGUUUGGGAAGUAGAAUCAUCAUAACAACUAGAGAUGAGCAUUUAUUAGCUACGCAUGAAGUUGAUUUAAGACACAAGAUGAAUGAUUUGGAUGACAAUGAAGCUCUUACGCUCUUUAGCAGACAUGCCUUCCAUAGUGACAAACCUAAUGACGGUUUUGUGAAACUCACAAAACAUGCAUUACGUUAUGCUAGGGGCAACCCGCUAGCUUUAAGUGUGGUAGAUAGUGGUAUCGAAGUACUUAUUGAUAAGUCUCUCAUAACUAUUGAUAAGGGUAAUUUGGUCAUGCAUGACUUAGUGCAAGAUAUGGGAAGAAAAAUUGUUCAUAACGAGUCACCCGGUGAACCUGGCAAACGCAGUAGAUUGUGGUUUCAUGAAGAUGUUCGUGAUGUACUGGAAGAAAAUAUGGGAACAACAAAUAUUAAAGGCAUAUUAGUGGACUUGCCAAAACGAGGCUUGAUACAGUGGAGAUCCAAUACUUUUGAGAACAUGAAAAGGCUCAAAUAUUUCAUAUGUCAUAAUGCAGAGUUUUCUGAAGAGCCUACUUAUCUUCCUAAUGAGUUAAGAGUGCUUGAUUGGACUGAAUGUCCAUUACAAUCUUUGCCACCCAAUUUUCGGGGAAAUAAACUCGCUACUCUAAGAAUGCGAUAUGGCCUCUUCAAAGAAUUUCAGAAUUUUCCAAACCUGAGUAUUAUGGAACUCAUUGGACUUGAAAGCCUAACUGAAAUUCCCGAUAUUUCAGGAAUCCCAAAUUUACAAAAAUUACGUGUUGAUGAGUGCAAAAGCUUAGUUAAGGUCCAUGACUCUGUUGGAUUACUUAAGAAGCUUACCGAUCUGCAUUUUUUUGAAUGCUCUAACCUUAUAACAUUGCCAAGAAGCCUCAAGUUAAGAUCUCUUGAAACUCUUUGGUUUCAUUAUUGUGCAAGGAUUGAAAACUUUCCUAAAAUUGACCGUAAAAUGGAACGCUUGGAACAACUUGUAUUAAGGGGCAUUGCUAUAAAAGAACUACCUUCAUCCAUUGUACAUUUAACUGGGCUUUUCGAUUUACAUAUCGAAGAUUGCAAAAAUCUUGUGCAUCUUCCAAGUAGUCUUCAGUUGCAGCCUCUAAAUAAUCUUCGUCACGAAAGGUGUUCAAAAGUUGAUAAGCUUCCAACAAAGGUGAGGGAUGAAAGAGAUUCCAUGCCGUCAGAUGUGUCCACAGAGGAAUCUGAAAUAUUGCUUGUUUCUAUCAAACAGUGA